GCGCGCUGCAGUCCACCCUGACGACGUUCUCCAAGGCCGGCCUGAGGCGACCGCGAGGGUGAACUCGCCAAAGUUGCCGAUAAGAUCGAGAGGGACCUCGAGCUCUGCGGCGCUACCGGCAUCGAGGACAAGUUGCAGGACAGGGUGCCCGAGACCAUAGAGAGCAUCCGCAAAGCGGGCAUCAAGUUCUGGGUGUUGACAGGCGACAAGUUGGAAACUGCGAAGGAGAUCGGCUUCAGCGCCAACGUCCUCGUCAAAGAGUGAGAAGCGCACGGCGGAUCCACGAAGUUGAGAGGUCGAGAGGGGACGUGCAGGGGCAGCUCCAGGCGGUGCUGGACAAGUGCAAGGGCAAGGAGCCCGACCACCUGGCCCUCCUGAUCACGGGAGACGCGCUCAUCGAUGUGAUGGAGAGCGCGUUGCUGCAGCGGCUCCUGCUGGACAUCGCCAAGGCCGUGUCCAUCGUCAUGGCCUGCAGAGUGUCGCCGCUGCAGAAGGCGCAGAUGGUGUCGCUCGUGCGCGCGAACGUCGUGGGCCCCGACGGCCGGGCUGUGGUCACCCUGGCGAUCGGGGACGGGGCCAACGACGUGCCCAUGAUCCAGACCGCCCAGGUGGGCGUGGGCAUUGCUGGCCGUGAAGGCCGGCAGUCCGUGAACAACUCGGACUUCGCCAUCGUGCAGUUUAAGUAUUUGGGGCGGCUGCUGUUCCUGCACGGCCGCUGGAACUACCUCCGCACGUGCAAGUGCACGCUCUUCACGUUCUGGAGGAAUGCGGUCCAGGUGCUGAUGAUCACUAUCUAUACCUACGUCUCGGGCUUCUCUGGGACGAUCCUCUUCGAGGAUUCGAUCCGAAUCCUUUUCAACUUUUUCGGCGCUGUCCCAAUCAUCCCGACAGGCAUCUUCGACCAGGACGUGGACGAGAGGCUCGCGCUCGCGCGCCCGCUCCUCUACCGCGUCGGCCGCGAGCAGGUUGGGCUGAGCACCCUGAAGAUCGCCUGGACAUUAUUAUCGGUCUUAGCACAUUCCGUCAUUUUGCAAUUGGUCUGGUAUUUCGCCUUCGACGAUAUGGUAUGGCUGGGGGUCGGAGAUUCUUAUUCGUUUGGAACUGCGUGUUUUAGCGGCCUGCUCGUCGAUGUAUUUUACCGUAUUGGGUUCCUGAGCUACACCCGCAACCAUUGGACGAUGGCCUCGCUGGGCGUGUGCAUUUUCGGCUACGUCAGCUACUGCGUCUUCUUGUGCGUAAUGCCGCCCAAUGGGAAUAUUCCGUUACUGAGCUCCUUGUUGGAGCCGAAAAUAUACAGGGUACCCUGGCAGCUCGCGAAAACAGCGCCCUUCUGGAUGUGCACCGUGUGCGCGUCCCUCUUCGCGGCGGUGUUCGACACCGGCAUCGACUUCUUCCUGGAGACCACGAGCGUGACCCAGCGCGAAGUGCAGCAGGACAGAAAGCGUGCGCUCCAGAUUGCCAUCGAGCAGCAGCGCGGCGAGGCACCAGGGCUCAAGUUCUUCGGCAUCAGGAACGGGAAGUUCUCGCUCGCGUUGUCCAGCGGCAUCCCAAAGACGGGGAUAGCCAAGGACGCCCAUUACCAGCCUUUGGUGUCGAAUGAGUCGAAGCGACCACAGGAAGCGGACGAAGCUGUACAGCCGCUCCUCAAAGAGCUGCGUGCAGAGACUCGGUCCUGCCGGUUCCGCGACAGAGAUAGACAAGUCGCAAGAAGAUCCGGCAAUUGCGCGCGCGCGAACGACGAGGAGGACAAGUCGUGGGAGGUCUAUUCGAGGUUGCCGCCUCCCAGGAGCGGCGACAUGUGCUGGCGGCACCAAGCUUACGCAGAUUUAGGCAUCAAUCUGGACCCGGUGUCGCAGCAGCAGUGCUAUUCCUACAUCUCGGUUGGCGAGUUUUUGACGAAAGAUUCAGAUGUGUGAACGUGUUGUUUGCAGUGGUGGCUGUAUUUUUUCUUAUCGUAUUGGGUGGUGUCAAUUUUCGCUACGCGAUGAACGUUCAGACGGCCAUCGUGAACUAUGUCUGAGAAGGCUGCCCGUGGGAGCAGGAGCUUGCCGUGAAGUGUCCGCGCCAGGAUCUGGUCGAAGAGGGCGGCACCAAGACAAUGCACAUGGACCUCUCGCACAUCGACGGCGACAUCGUCGUCGCCUACGUGGUUGGCCCUUUUAUCAGAACCACCACGACUACCUGGAGUCCGAAGUGAUUCAGGAGUUACAGGGUAUGAAGAGUUUCGAGGACCUGGCAGCCAUGCGGGAGAGAAAGUGCGUGGAGCCGACGCGUAAGAGCGGCAACAAGGAGAUCGUGCCGUGCGGCCUGAAGGCCAACAGCGUCUUCAACGACACGUUUUUAUUCAGCAUUGGCGGUGUUCCCAUCAAGCUCGAGGAGAGCGUGGAUGACAUCGCGUGGGAGUCCGAUAUUCACAGAUACCACUUUCGCGAGGACUACACUGGCGACAAGGAAACAGUGCAGCUCACCGACAUUUACGGGCCGGACGUCAUCGACCCAGCGCUCGGCGUGAAGUCCCCGCGCUUCGUGGCGUGGAUGAGGCCCGCGGCCCUGGACCACGUGAUCAACCGACUCGGGUGGAUCCGAAAGAGUGACAAAAAGGGUAAGGAUAUGAGCAAAGUGAGCGUGGAGAUCACUAACGUCUUCCCCGUGCAGGCCUUCCACGGCUACAAGCAGCUGGUGUUUACGGAGGUAAACGCGAUGGGCGGCGACGAGGAGAUGCUCGGCUGGCUCCUGAUAUGUUUCGGCGUCUUAUCCUGGAUUUACGGCUGCGUCCUGUUGUUUUGGAUAUACUGUUGCUCGCUGCGGUACACACAAGAUAGCAGGCAUGCCGUUGCAGAGGAUGUCGAGAGACCUGCACUCUGGAGGCAGAAUUUGGGCUGCUCGUAGCGACACGCCCCUCAACAUGGAGAUCAUGUCCGUGACGUUUCACCAAACUGAUUUUGAAUUCGUGAAGCUUGUCGGCUUAAAGGGCCAUUGUCGCGCUCCUCGUCGUUUGCAUCUGGAUCCCUGGGGCACUGGACUAGUCGUCGCUGGCCCCUGUUUUCUGUGAUGACAUCCUCUUUCUUCUUGAUGAUCAUUGUUGUCGUUGUUACCUCUGUUUCCCGAUUUCCCUCCUGCACAGUCGUUCGAUCCCUAGCGGAGGCAGAAUUUGGGCAGCUCGUAGCGACACGCCCCUCAACAUGGAGAUCAUGUCCGUGACGUUUCACAGGCAGUGUACGCCAUUCGAGGCAUAGGCCA